AUGAACAAGGUCAACGAGAAAUUUACUCGUAAACUUGAGUAUGCGAUUACUCCUCAAGCGGUAGAAUGUUUGAAAAGCGGUAUGAUAGAUACUAUCAAUUACUGGAACUCAACAGGCAUUCGAAAUCGUGCGGACGAUAUUGAGGAUCAAGUGCAUCAAGAAUAUGCUGAUUGUAAAAUGGCGGAAAUGGAUAGUCUUAGUGAAGCCGAAUCUGAAGAAGAGCUGAAAGAAGGAACACUUGUAGGGACAGAUGGUAGAGGUCGACCUCUCAUUGAUAUAGAAACGAUUGUCGUCACCGAUGUCGACCAUUUUCUAUUGGAAUUCCUGCCUCCAUUUCAUGGCAAGAAUCGCUAUCUGCCUCACUAUGAGUUGCCCCUCCGCUACCUUAAUGAAUAUGCCAAUAGAGCUAAAGGCUUAAGACGUAUCGCCUCCAUCAAGAAACCCGCAGGACUUUUGACUAAAGAAGCUGUAGAUUACUGGUUAAAUUAUGUUCCUCCUGCCGUAAACUAUCUUCUUAGACGCUUUCCGAAAGGAGUGCAUGUACAAGGCUCAGAGUAUCCUCAUCAUCGGUGGGCUGGCGACAUGGCCGCACAGAUGGUCGCUCAUUACCAUGCUGAUCAGGUUGAUACCGAAGCUAUCAAAGUAUUGCUUCAGCGGCGACACGUAAGGUCCACCGCUUUUGAUGGCGUCACAGUCACCUACUACAGCUCUGGUGAGAGACUCGUUCUGUACUUGCCCCGAGCUUCCAAAUACUAUCCCGGUAGCAAGAAACUUGUAAUAGGAAGGGCUAUCAGAUCUUUUAGAACCGACGAACCUCCACUAAUGAUUGAAAAUCCAAAACCUUUAUUUGACACCGUUGUGAUCAAGAGGGGAGACUUGGACAAAUUGACGAACCCGGUUAAGAAAGCUCAAGUUGAGCGGGCAAUUAGAUGGUAUCUUUGGCUUCUUACACAGGUCGGAAGAAGAGGAAGGUUGGGUCUCGACCAUCAAGAAUGGUCCAAACUGUUCCAUGACCACCUACCAACUUGCUUAAUCGACAGCUUCCAAGCUCAGCAACGACAUCUAAAAGAACGAUGGUUUACUUUCCGAGACAUACCUCCUCUUUCUUGGCAACCAGCAGGAGAGUCUCGUUUCCAACUCAUAGCCAUUCAAUCAGCUUUCGAAAGUCGAGAGGAGAAAUGGGGCGCUACUGUACCCACAGGUAUCGAGUUUCGAGGCUUCUCUCAGAGGAGUGCAACCAGAUAUUGUCUUUGGUUGAACGAGCGGUUUCAACAACGUCGUGAGGUAUGGCCAACAAUUCGGGAUUUUGCCAUUUACGUCGACACCAGCGAGGGCUAUGCAAACAGCUGGAUGGUUGCCACUGGUUGUGAGCAUAAAGACUACAAUAAAACACACAUGUGCGUGGUCUGUGAGGUAGCACCAGUCAAAUGCGUGAACAUGAUCCCUAAUCGAGGCGCUAUCUGCGAGCCUUGCCUCGCUGAGGAGGUGACCAAAUCCCAUCAGGAAUAUUUGCUUUGGUAUCAAGAAAUGAUGUCCUCAACCAAAUCCAAAGACGGUGAAAGUGCUGUCUUACUUAGCGCUAUGACGAAGCACUCGUCAUACAAACGACGACUGGAUCACCUGAGCAAGAAGGGUCAUUCGGAAGUGAGCGAUGUCAGACAGUUAGAGGAUGCUGUACAUCAAUUCGCAGGUGAUAGCGGAGAUGUACAGGACAUGGUCUUUGGUUUGGGAAGUUUAAGCACGAUCAGUAAAGAAGCUGGUUGGGACAAUAUACUCAUGCGACCCUCGGUAGUGCGAAAGAACCGUGCUUACGUGCAAGACGGCAAAACCUAUCUGUUCCACCAAGACGACAUUCUACCUACGAUUGCUGCUGCAGGUAUCAUGUCGGGUGGCAACUCGCUGGCAGCUACUGAUCUACUCGUGAAGGCUUGUCGUCUUGCGCAGACUCGUUGGGAUGAUGUCGUUACUCAGAAUCCUGAUGAAGAAGGCAAAGAGAUUCAGAAGGCAAUGAGGAAGAUUGAUCGGGAACUUGAAGAUAUCGAUCAACUUCAACUUCAAAUCCCUUACAACAUGAAACAUUUAGUUCGAUCUAAUCCUCAAGCCUUAUCGGAAACAUUGACAAAGCUUAACAUUCGUUUACAAAACCAAUUGUCGUCUCUCUCUUCAAACUCAUGA